UUAGCAUUCAGGUUGAGUGCAAGUGAUCAGGCAGAAUACGAUGUUGGCGAGGCCAGGAAUGUUGUGAAGGGGAAGUUAAGUUGCUUGAUCAUCUUGAAUCUUACUGGAGGUGUCUGCUCCAGAUGGAUUGGAAUGGCUGAUCUGUGGCCGAUUUGGGCAUAUCUCUGGACAUCAGCUUUGCUGGGUUUGUCCCAGGCUGUUGAUGUCACUUUCAGUCAUCUGGGGGAUGGUUACUUUGUCAAGUCACCAUUACUCAAAAAGAACAAUCAUGACCGCCAAGUCCAGCAGGAACUGUUUGUGGUGCCGACGGCAGGCAAAGUGGCCACCUUAAGGGCUAGCUAUGGCCCUCUUAUUGCAGAGGGCUCCACACCACAUUUCUAUGCCAAUAAAACCAAUGCAUCAGCCCAACAGCCGACAGGACUGCUAUUUCCAGGAAUGGAUGUCAGUGUUCACAUCAUCAGAAAGGAGAUACCACACAAUUCUGCUACAGUUUUGGUGCUUUCCCAUGCUAGUCAUGGAAGCCAAAGAAACAAGUACAAGACUCGAAACCGACAAAAGUGGUGCUUAUCAGUCUAUGUACAGAAAGACUUGAGUGAAGUUUCCUCCUCUUGCGAGAUCAAAGAGGAUGAUCCUUUAUGUUUAUUAAAACUCAGUUUGCCAACAGCAUGGUGGAAUAAUUCAACUGUCACAGCAAAUGUCUACCAUUCUCUCCACACAGUGGAUAUUAAUUCUCCCUGUGUCAGUGCUACAAACUCAAUCCUGCCCAGCAAAACUAAAGAAGAGGAUGUUUUACACAUACAGAAGCAUUUUCUCUCAUCUGUGAUUUUAGUUCCCAAUAAACCCUCUGCGCAAUCCCUGGAUGUGAGAUACCGUAGGGUCCAGGGGGAUUUACUAGUCAUUGAUAUUCCCACAGAAGGUUUCCCUGCAGGAGCCACUUUUGAAGUUCCAGUCUUAUUACAGGCAGAGUCCUACCUUAGAGCCUUUUCUAUACACACAAAAGCAAGAAAAGGUCUUAGAAUUCUUGAUGCCAAGUCCUCAAACCCUAGUAUUUGGAGGGUGCAGCUCAGUUUGAACCACAAGCAUAAAAGUGGCAUGGUUACAGCAUUUGUCAAAGAUGCAGAACAUUACACGAAGAAGUCAAGUGUUCAAGAGGUUUUGCGUUUCACAGUGAAAGUGGAUGAUGAUUUUGAAGAUGAGCAGACAGGAAGACUUGCCUUUGGCAUUGAAUAUAAGAAUCCUAUUAAAGCAAAGAAGAAGCAUAGGCAAAAAAGAAAUAACUGGAGUGCUAGAGUGGUUGCUAGAAUUCCAUUAUAUCCAGAUACUGAACAAACAGUUAUUCCAGUGACACAUAACACAGAACUGAUCAAUACUGCCAUUUUAACUGGAAAGCAGCAAAUGUUCCCCCUGAAUGUCUUUGGUGUGAGCAAAGGAGGUACUGUUAAAGACAUCAGGGCAACCUGUACCUGUGUAUCUAAUAUGCCUGAUGCAUUAAAGGUGUCCAGCAGUUGCCUUGAUGUGUAUUUAGACGGCACAGAGAGCACAGGGAGUGAUCAAGUCACUAUCACUCUGUCAUGUGGGACCUUCUCUCAAGAACUAAAUUUUAGAGUCUGGGUGCCAGAUUUUCCUCUUGAAGUGGUUCUGUCAGACAACAAACUCAGUCAGAUCAAGGCUUGGAAAGUGCCGCCAGGGAGGAAGAAGAGAGAAACUGGGCCAGUAACUCAUGGGCUGCUCAUGCAAAAGUCCCGCAAGGGGAAGACAUUUGCAGACAGUGCAGAGUCCAACAAUCCAUGUCGGUUAAGGUAUCAGCAGUCUUUAGUGGAAGUCUAUGCAAAGUUCCGCAUCCCCAGAGGUGACAGAAAUGAAUAUUUACCACUGAAAAAAGCCUCAGUGCGUGUAACAGAUCUCAUUGCCAACCAGUUGAGGAUAGCUGAUUCAAGUAUUGCUGACCUUCGUGGCCGUUUGGUGGAAGGAAAACGCCAAGGACUUACUGAAGUUCAAGUUCUAUCUCCAAAUGGACGUGUGGUGGGUGCGUGUGAAGUGCGUGUGGGCACUGACAAAGUAUCCCUGGAAAAAUUAUUGGUCACCAUGGUAACUAAUUUAAGUGUAACCAUAGACCCCUGGCAAGAAAUGGCCAACACCUAUGUAGCUAACAUCAAGAUAGAACAGCAGCUGCAAAGGAAAUACCAGCUAGGCUUGGCACACAAACCUCCCACUAUGAAACAAGAAACUGGGCCAGUAACUCAUGGACUUCUCAUGCAAAAGUCCCGCAAGGGGAAGACAUUUGCAGACAGUGCAGAGUCCAACAAUCCAUGUCGGUUAAGGUAUCAGCAGUCUUUAGUGGAAGUCUAUGCAAAGUUCCGCAUCCCCAGAGGUGACAGAAAUGAAUAUUUACCACUGAAAAAAGCCUCAGUGCGUGUAACAGAUCUCAUUGCCAACCAGUUGAGGAUAGCUGAUUCAAGUAUUGCUGACCUUCGUGGCCGUUUGGUGGAAGGAAAACGCCAAGGACUUACUGAAGUUCAAGUUCUAUCUCCAAAUGGACGUGUGGUGGGUGCGUGUGAAGUGCGUGUGGGCACUGACAAAGUAUCCCUGGAAAAAUUAUUGGUCACCAUGGUAACCAAUUUAAGUGUAACCAUAGACCCCUGGCAAGAAAUGGCCAACACCUAUGUAGCUAACAUCAAGAUAGAACAGCAGCUGCAAAGGAAAUACCAGGAAGGAAUUUUAGACAUAUCAGUUCAGUUCUCUGAUGGCAGUGUGAUGCCCCUGCGCUACUUCCCUUCCUCUAGUUUUACUCUGGAUACUGCUUCUCUGAACAACCAUGUGGUAGCCAAGGGUGGAUUGUAUGGUCCUGCACAGCCUCACGUCAUUGCAGUGGGGCAAGGAAAAGGGGAGUUACUCAAAUUGACUCUCGAAGUGAAUGAAUCUUGCCAGCGACGUAAAACCAAACCCUUGUCUAUAACAUAUGUCUAUGUGGAUGUUGAUUUCUCCCGAGAUGAACAAUUUGGGGAGCAUCUGCAGAAUGAUGGGCAUUUUAGCCCUCUAGUUAAUAGUGCAAGUGACAGAUGGGAAAUAAAGGAGAUUUACACAGACAAAGGCUUCCUACAUAUUGAUCUGAAUAAGGACUUUGAUAAAACAACAGAAAAGAAGGAGACUAAGUCAAGGUCAAAAGAUAAAUAUGAACGAGUGGAAAACAUCCCACUUGGGAUUGAUCUGGGUAAUUUGCCUAAGUCUGCACCCCAACCUCUGCCUAAAACUGAGCCAGAGACAGAAGCACAGCCACAGCAAAUGAGUAAAAUGAAUGGGAUCACACCCCUUGAGAUUGGAAUGUAUAUUUUACUUGCUGUGUUUGUAUUAGCUAUCUUUGUAUUUUUGGUCAAUUGUAUUGUAUUUGUUGUACGUUACAGACGUAAGCGUGUGCCAAAAGACAGUAGUGAAUCUAUUGCCCAGGCUAUGGACUGGGUCUGGAUUGGAAGCUCCACUCUGGAGCGCACUUCUUUUAAAACCCAAUGCUCAGAAACUCUGAUGCCAAAGGCAGACUUUGAUGAGCAGAAGCGCCACAGCUCACAGUCAAUUCACAGUGCUCGUAACUCUAUUGGUAGUCGAUCUAGUGCAGUCUCUACAUAUAAAGGCUCAGAAUGUAGUAUACGUAUAACCAGCAACCCACAGGCAGAUGCAGAAGAGGAGGGAGACAGUGGAGAACAGGAAGAGACAAACAAUCUUCCUGAGGCAGAAGCUGACCAUUCAGAUGGCAGUUUAUUAUGGGAUCAGGAUGCUUUGGGGAUGACACAUGAUGAAAUUUUGGUGUACUUUGACAAUCUCAAAGAGUCAAAUGCAUAACACAGUGCAUUACGAUCUUAGAUGAGUGAUGAGCAAAAUACCUUUUUGGGUCCCAAAUACAUGUUUGUAUUUAUAAUAUCAAGAAUUCUUGAUAAUAUGUAGUACUUACUGUGUUCGUUUAUUACUUACAAAAAUAUUCUGUUAUAUGCCAUAUUUUAAAUAAAUUCAGUUAUAUUAGAUAUCAUUAGAUGUCAUUCAUAUGUAUAUAUUUUGUGUAUGGUGCAGUAUGUGUGCUUUGUCUUGCCAGAGAUAAGUAAAAGAAUUUUGUCCUGCCAAGAUAACCAUAGAUUUGUUCUUAUGUAAUUGACAUGAAAUAAGAAUGGCUAAACUUUUUGAUAAAUCUAAUAUGAUUAAUUCUAGAAAAGCUAUAGAAAUUAUUAAGGAUAACUGCUUCAGUGCAUAACACUGAAUUGUGUUUCAGAAAAGAAGAAAUGUUUUUGUUGUGUAGAAGGUAGAGAUUAAAAAUGUCAAAAAACAGAUCUACAGUUGUGCUAUUUAAAGUGGUGGACCAUUUAGAAAAGAUAAAAUUAUUUCUCUGAUAGACUGAAAAUAAAGUUUUAUUUGUUUUCAUAUCACUGUUAAAAGAAUCUAUGAAACUACUGCAAAAUAUUGAAUCCAUUAGGUUAAUCUUGGCAGAGGAAAAGGACAGCAAGAAUGGUGUAGCUACUUCACAGGUUAAAUAUGUUGGAUCAUUAUGUAAUCGUAUAGUUGUGCAAAUGUUAUAGAUGUUUUCACAACUGGUUUGAUUACCCAGUCGUCUGGUAACACUUCCUUAUUAUUGUAUUUAUUGACAUCAGUAACAUAUUCAUAUCAUGUAAAUACCAUUAUAUACAUCAAAUUAUUCCUGUUGAGCUCCAUUACAAAUGUGAAAUAAAUGAGUAAAAUUGA